AGAGACGAAGGAAUCGGAACGAUCGCGACGUUCGCCUCCGGAUUUCGGAUUCUCUGCGCUCCGACGCCGCCUCCGGCCGCCGGUGGCGAUCGCGCGACGCGCCGCUUGAUCUGACCCGACUCGUCCGUUUGGAUCGUCGGAGGAGGAGGAAGACGACCGCCGUGGUUGCGUGCGUCCGGGGGCGCGCGCGCGCGGCUACGCUCGCUCUCUCUGUCUUCUCUGCGACGGCAAUGGCGACGCAUCCUUCUCUGCUGCCCGAGAUCGGGCCCGACGGCCUCCCGAGGGAAGCUCCCGUCAUCGCCUACACCGAGAAGAUAAUCGAGGAAGAGCAGCUUCAAUUGAAGAAAUACAUAGAAGAGAACUACUCUAAGAUUCGCGAUGUCGAGCGGGAGCUGGCGGGUCUGUCGAUGGAGAUGAAGCUCACUGCCGGACCGAAAAAGGCAGCACUUGAACAUCUGAGAAAGAAGAUUGAAGCGUCGACUGAGAGAAUUCGAGUUGCGAAGCUGAAGGAAGAAGAAGCGCGCAAGGUAUGGGAGGAGGCAUCCAAGGCUCUGAAGGACGAGGAAGCAGUGAAGCAGAAGCUAUGUGAUGACUUAUCGAAUCUGGUCCAAGAAAGCAGCACCUCUCAGUUCAAUAGACUAGAAGAACUGAAGAGACGACUUUCAGCUCUGAACCCAAGCAGGACGUCAGUAUCUAGUCCUCAGGCUGCUCCGAGUGGCACCGGUGCCGAUGCUCCUGCCCCCUCAGUUCCUCACGCAUCGGGAGCAGGUCAAGCAGUCGACAACUCAACCGACCGAGGAAAUAGCGGGAACGGCCCGAGCCAACAGCCAUCUGCCGAUGGAGGAGAAGAAAGAGGGAGAAAGAAGGUCCAGUUCCAUGGAAGAGGGAAGGGAAUCGGGGCUGUUCCCAACAAGGGUAGAGGGCAUCCCGGUCCCGGUUGGACGGGGGCGGGCUUCGAUGUGGAUGGUAGAACUUGACAGAUGCCCAGUUUUUAACUUUGCUAUUCUUUUCUUAUGCUCAGAAGAUUUCGUUGCAACAUUUUACCCAUCCGAGCAUUCUCAGUUGGUAUGCAAAUGCCAUACCUUUUGUACUUCCAGUUGAAUAUUCAAUCAUUGAGUUAAAAACUGUA